AUGGUUGGGUUCGCAAAAAAUAAAAAUAAUUAUUCAAUCAAUAAAUAUAUUUCAAAUGCUAUAAAUAUAGUUAUAAUAAUUUUUUUAGUAUUAUCAAUUUUUAUAACCCCAGAAUCAUUAAAAAAAAACAAUGUAGAGAAUCUUUCAAAUAAAUUAAAAUAUAUUUCAUUUCUUAAUUUAUCACCAGAUAUCCACCACAAAUUCACAGAGUUAUCACAAUUAAUAUCAGACUCUUUAGAUGGAUUCUAUUCUCACACUAUUAAAGAUAAAAUUAUUUCAGAGAUUGAAAAAUUAGAUGCAUUAAUUGAAGAAUCUAUUGAUAAAUCCGAUAUCGAAAGAAAAAUUUUGGAAGAUUUAAAAAAACUUAUUUUAACAAUAAAAGAUUCUUUGGUUGGAUAUCAGCUUCAAAACAUCGAGUAUAUGAAAGAAAGGUUUCAUAAAGGUGUUGAAAAAGCUUUAAAGGAAAUACCAAAAAGGGAAAAUCUUAUUGAAAAACUCUAUAACGAAAUUCCUCAAAGUAUUCAUUUCUUAUUAUGUAGCAUUGGUAUAAAAUUAUUUUUCUCUGUUAUUUUUAUCGUGGUGGCUUUCCAGUUGGCAAUUACAAUUGAAGAUAAUGAUUACACAAAUAUAAAAUACUUUUAUCUUACUUUUUAUUUUAUUGUUUGUGUAGUAUUUAAAAACAUCAAAAUAAUACUAGGUAUACUUGUUAUUCCCGCUAUCCUUUUAUAUUGCAAACCAGAUCUCCUCGAAAAAUGGUAUGAUAGUUUAACUUACAAAGAAGAUUUACCCAAAGCCACUGUUUGUCCAAUAGUGUCAUUCCAACUAUUGAAGUUUCAUAAUGAUAAAUUUUAUGUUCCAGAAUUCACUUCCAACUUGUUGAAAGAUUUAACAUCACCGCUUUAUAUCCAUUCGGAAAUUGGUAGCUAUAUUUACAAAUCUACAAGAUCAAGUUUAUAUACAAUAAUGUUGCUAAAAGAAGAGAUUAAAAACAGUUGCGAUAUAAACUUUUCUCCAACGAAUCCUUUAACACCAAAUAAAUUUAGAUGGGGCUAUAGAUUGACACAUGGAAUUUGGGCCUAUCAGGUUAAAAUAUCAGAUAUUAAUUUAGAAAACCUAUCGUCAGAUUUAAAAAUUUCCAUAGAACGACUAAAUCCCAAUGGUACAAUAAUAUUUCUGGAUAGUGAAAACUAUAAUGAAAAAGCGAACGGACAAGAUAUAAUAAUUAUCGAAAAUAUUUUAAUAUCAAUUGUAACCUCGUUUUCAUAUUCAGAGUAUUUCCGAUAUCCUCAAGAUUUAAACACUUUUUUUAGUCUUAAACCAUCUUUAAUAGAAAAACUAUUUGGAAGUGGUGGAUUACUUUUAACUAUUUGUGGAUAUGAAUUUAUGAUAUUUGUUUUUGGUCGCCAUAGUAUUAGAUGUUUCAGACAAAGUUUGAAAUCUCAAACCAGACCAACUUGCAAUGGCUUUAGAAAGUUACGACACAACUCAUUAAAAGAAGAGAAUAAACCAGUACUUAGCAGAUCCUGA